AUGGCCAUAGUCUUUGGGCGCGUGGAGUCAACGCGACUUUACGCAUGUCUUGGCAUGACGCGCCCCGCCAUGGAUCGGACCCCCGAGCCACGUGCAGUCAUUUUCGUGGGGUCGCUUCUACUGAUUUCGCGUCACUCAGGCAUCACAGAGGAGCACAGCAUCACACAGACUUCCACAGCGAACCCCGCUUCCCCCUACUCCCGCAACAUAGGCCGAAAACACAAAGCCCAUCGCCAACAGGCGCAACAAGACAAGGCCUGGCGCAACGCAGAAAAGGGGCGCGGUAAGCCUGGUAAAGGACGAGGAAAGAGAAGCAAAAUGGGCAGUGAGGAGAGCAGAGUCGUGGAUGAGAAUGUAGAGCCACAGACGCUGCAGGCGCGCACGUUGGAGGCGUUGGCACAGUACAUCAGAGAGGGAAAGGCAAGGAAGAUUGUCGUCAUGACAGGCGCAGGAAUCAGUACAUCAGCUGGUAUACCCGAUUUUCGAUCUCCAGACACAGGCCUCUACGCAAACCUCUCACGACUGAACCUACCCUAUGCAGAAGCAGUCUUCGACAUUAGCUACUUCCGCACGAAUCCCGAGCCCUUCUACACUCUCGCGCAAGAAUUAUAUCCCGGCAAGUUUAGGCCAACGAUCACACACUCGUUCAUUGCACUGUUGGAGAAGAAGGGUCUGCUACUCAAGCUGUUCACACAAAACAUCGACUGUCUCGAGCGCGAAGCCGGCGUCUCAGACGAAAGGAUUAUAGAAGCCCAUGGCAGUUUUGCAAAGCAAAGCUGCAUAGACUGCAAAUACCCCUACCCCGCCGACCUCAUGCACGAAGCCAUCUCGUCCAAAACCGUGCCUCGCUGCCAAAACCCGACCUGCAACGGCCUCGUCAAGCCUGAAAUCGUCUUCUUUGGCGAACAACUACCCGCCGCUUUCUUCGACAACCGCAGUCUUCCUGCCGAAGCCGACCUCUGCAUCAUAAUGGGCACCUCCUUGUCCGUCCACCCGUUUGCCUCGCUCCCGCAAAUGUGCAGACCGGAAACGCCACGGCUGCUCAUCAACUCGGAGCAAGUGGGUGGGUUGGGCGACAGGGCCGACGACGUGCUGUUGCUGGAGGAUUGUGACGAGGGGGUCAAGCGGUUGGCGAGCGCGCUGGGAUGGCUGGAGGAGCUGGAAGCUCUUUGGGCGACAACGGCACGGGACGAGGCGCCGCCCACACAAGAGAAGAAGACUAGAGACGAAAUCUUACAGGCUGAAGUGGAAAAACUGACCCGCGAAGUCGAAGAGAAUCUUCGCCUAGGCAAACAGCAGCAGGCUUGGCUGGAUAACCAUGUCGAUGAGAAAAUCGCAAGGAACAAUGAUCAGGAUGCUGAGAAUGCAACUCCAGAUCUCACAGCCCCGUCACCGCCAGAUCAAGUACAGUCUAAGCUUCUGGCACCGGUGGCUACUUCGCCGCCAACCCUAGCGAAGACGGAUCCGGGGGGACGCCUCGAUCACGUUUUCCCGUUUUUGAAAAAGGAAAGGGGUAUGCUGUAG